AUGGCUGUAGACUCUAGCAGCGCACUACAUGGCCGCACUCAUAAACAGCACAUCUACAUGGCUGUAAACAUUAGACCCGAUCUUACCAAUAUCCCUAUUCCUGCCGACAUCACAUUGGCAGACCCAUCAUUUUAUGAGCCUUCCGCUAUCGAUAUUUUAGUCGGGGCGGAAAUAUUUUGGGACGUCUUGGGUACUGCGCGUAUUAAGUUAGGUAAAAAUAAACCUCAAUUACGCGAAUCAUCUUUAGGUUGGCUCGUGUGUGGCUCCAUACCUGCCCUCAACAAAAACACAAACGAAUCUUAUUUUUGUUCGUUCAUCACACAUAAUGAUGACACUAAUCUCACUCGUUUUUGGGAAUUAGACUCGGUGUCUUCUACACAUUGCAUGUCUUAUGAAGAGCAAGCGUGCGAAAAAAGUUUUUUAGAAAAUACCAUUCGGGAUCAAGAUGGCCGCUUCGUUGUGACGUUACCUUUAAAAGAGUCACCGGAAGUACUUGGCUACUCAUAUCAAAUGGCCAAACGCCGUUUCUUGGCAUUGGAGAAACGGCUCGCACGCGACCCUGCCUUCAAAACCUUAUAUUUUGAUUUUAUUCGCGAGUACAUCGACUUAGGUCAUAUGAGCGAAAAUCAAUCAUCAUCAUCAUCAUCUGCGCCAUCAGAAAAAGCAUUUUUCUUUCCACAUCAUGGAAUUUUGCGCUCUAGCACAACUACACGUUUAAGAGUCGUCUAUGACGGUUCGGCUUCCACGACUAGUGGCAAGUCCUUCAAUGACAUCCAAAUGGUUGGCCCGACUGUUCAGGAUGACCUUCUGUCAAUCUUAUUACGCUUCAGACAACAUAAGUAUGUUGUCUCAAGUGACGUUGAGAAAAUGUAUCGAGCCAUAUUAGUACAGCCUUCUCAACGCUCGUUACAACAAAUCAUCUUUAGGUUCGAUCCUUCUGAUCCCUUAAAAACUUACAAAUUGAAUACCGUCACAUACGGGACUGCGUGCGCACCUUACCUUGCAACCAAAUGUCUUGUUUCUCUUGCCGAUGAAUGCCAGGACGUCCGGGUUAAACGCGCGAUACAGCACGACUUUUACGUAGACGAUUUUCUCAGUGGCAGUGACUCCGUAGAAUCAUUGGUUGAGAUUAGUAAGGGUGUAGUCACAACGUUACAAUCUGCGAAGUUUAACUUGCGUAAAUGGCAAUCAAAUUGUCCGGAUCUGUUACAAUCAAUUCUUGAACACAAAGAGGAUAACAGCAAAGCCCUCAACCUUGAUAGCACGUCGCCUUGUAAAACCUUAGGUCUGUACUGGCAAACAGGAACAGACAAACUUCUCUUUUCCAUCGACAUCAAAAUUCCAAAUAAAAUCACAAAAAGAAAUAUCUUGUCUGUCAUAAGUCAAGUGUUUGACCCACUAGGUCUCGUCGGGCCGUGUAUAGUGGAAGCUAAAAUCAUAUUGCAGCGUCUUUGGCUGUUAAAGUGCGAAUGGGACUCUGAGCUCCAUUAGACGUAA